UCUCCUUUGUCCUCUGCUCACGGAGUCAAGAUGACCGUAAGAUCUUUACAGAGCACCUGGAGUAUGCUGUUGCUCCUUAGUCCCAUCCUCCCCUUGUGGGCAACUGAAAUUUCCUGCAGAAAUGAAGAUGGCAAGCCAGUUGACUGGUACAUUAUUUAUAAAUUACCAAAGUAUAUGAGACAUGAACCUGCUGGGACUGGGCUAGAGUACAUGUUUAUGGAUUCUCUCACUCAAACAUGGGAACAAAGUAAAUAUUUGAUCAACCUGACAGAAAGUGCUCUGGGACAAACAUUACAGCAGAUCUACCAAGUUUAUGAGUCCAAGAAAAACAGCACUGCAUAUGUGAUGUAUAAUGAUGGUCCACCAGGAAAAAUGAAUUACAGCUGGAAACAUGGACAUACUAAAGGGUUUUUGCUUUUGGACAAAUCUCAAGGUUUCUGGGUAAUUCACAGUAUUCCUGAGUUUCCUCCAUUUCCUCAGAAGGGUUAUCGAUAUCCCCUCACUGGACAGAGAUAUGGACAGAUAGCAAUUUGCUUAACAUUCCAAUAUGAUCAGUUUGCAAAAAUAGACAAACAACUAUUAUGCUACAAUCCUAACGUCUACAACUGCUCCAUUCCAAAGAUCUUUCACCCAGAACUGUUGAAUCUUCAAAUGCUGUGUGCAGGAUUAAAGCUGCCUCCAGUCCCUCAGAAGCAAUGCCUCACAAAACUCCAUUCUGCCCAAGGAGAAAGUCUCCUGAACUUUGCUAAAACACACAACUAUAAUGAGGAUAUUUACUUAACCUGGAUGGCUCCCAAACUGCAAACAGAUUUGUUAGUAGAAUCCUGGCGGCGUAAGGGACAUGAAUUCUUCUCAAACUGCUCUCUUCCUUAUCAUGUCUAUAAUGCAAAUCUAAUCCAGACACCAUGGAAUUCUUCCUUCUUUUCGUAUUAUGAUCAUUCCAAGUGGUGUGUCUCUCGGAGAUAUGAAGACCAGUGGACAUGCAUUGGAGACCUAAAUUAUGCACCUCAGCAGGCUAAAAGAAGUGGUGGCUUCAUUUGCACUCAGAAUCAAUACAUUUACAAAGCAUUCAGGCAACUGGUUUACCGUUAUUAUGGUUGCCGUGUCUCAUGAGUUUGUACAUGGAUCACGGCCAUGGACCUGUGAGUUAUUCCUAAUAAGCUCAGUUUGCUUAUUUUUUUAAAGAUCUUUCUAGUCAUCAUUGUGCUGAGAAAUCAUUCCAGAUAGUGAAUAAAAUGCCAAUGAUUCUUGAGCAUGACAUCCAGUUGGCAAGAGGAAACAGGAUGGCUCUGUUUCUAUCUACCUCUGCUGCCCUCUCACAUGGCACCUCUCUUUUUUUAAUCCUACACAGUCUGCUAUUUGCUAAGGAUUUGUAUUACAUACAGCCCCGAUAUCAAAAUUAAAAGUUAUGUAAUUAAUACUAAAA